AUUGAGGAAUUGGAAAUGGGGUCUUCAGUCUUGUUUCGUUCGGGACUCAGUCAAGAGAAAGCCAACAAACAUCACCCAACCAACACACCGCAACUCUUUAUCGGCUGCUGCUUGAGUUGUGUUGUCGGAUCAAGUGAAAGCUGUUGCCUCGUACUGAGUACAGUAGCAACGAGCUGUAAUAUAUACGGUAGCUAGUAUCCAAGUGUGUUGCGAUGACGGACGUGUACCAGAAGGACAAGGUCUAUGAAGGACCCAAGCUGAACGCUUAUCCUCAUGAAGAGUUGGGUGUGGCGAGAGGCCGUGCCAAGGACCCCUUAAAGUACCUUCAAGCCACGGAGCAACGAGCAAGAGAGCGACAAGUCGCCAUUGAAACUGUCAAGAUCCUUCGGAAGAGUGUCAUCGAGUGCUACCGCAAGGAAGGUGUCAAUCACUACGAAAACUGCAAGAAAGAGGCCCAGGACUACUAUGAUGUCAUCAUCAAAAAAGAUAUUGGUCAGCUGCAUCCCAACUGGCAAGAUCCUAAAAAGUUUGAUGGAUGGAGCUAGACAUAUCUAGAUAGAUAUCUAGAUAGGUAGAUGCAUACCUACCUACAUGUAGCUAGCACAGAGCUAGGUUCAUUCAAAUCAUACUGGUACAGAGUAGUUUUUUGGCUAGUCUAGCUUGUCAGUAGCAUCCUGUUUUAAUAUAAUUUUUAUAGUUCGACGUACGUUC